CAAAUAUACUUGUAAAUGGUUAAUAUAGAUAAAUUAUGUUUAUGAACAUGCAUUGAUUCCAUGGGGAUGACACUCCAUCCCUGAGAACCCCAUCACGGUCGACACGCCAUCCCUGAGAACCCCAUCACCGGACACUGGUCGAACAGUUAACUGAGAAAAUGUAAUUUGGAUUUUAAUCAUAAGCUAACAGACACUGAGUAAGGCACAAGGUUUGACCCAAGUACUUGUAGAGGCCUUAUACAAUUCAUGUAUUGAUUCAAUGCUUUGUACAUUUGUGUGUGCACUUUGGCAUGAAAAUAAAUGUUUGAGGACACGCAAAAAUGCACAAUAGUUAUCUGUGUAAAAAAUCGGGCUUUUCACUAAUUUUACUAAAAUAUUGUGUUGAAAAAGAUCAUGUUUUGAGUUUUACAAAACGUAAAUUGCCCCUAUCAAGCACCAAUGACAUCAUCUCGACCAAAGAUAUCAUGCACUGACACCACCACUCAUAUCACAGCCGAUAGUGAAACUACCUAAGUCACAAGUGAUUAGAUUUUAUCACUGACUGACGACCCAUUAACCCUUGCUCAUCCAGUUCCCCGGAUGCCUCAGUGACUCGUCGUCACCAUUGAUCCCGCCACCUUUAGUCACGAACCUUCACUAUUGAGACUCCAUGAUCUAUUGCCACCCAUGACUCAGAAUCCCUCAUUAGUCUCAAUAGUUCCCACCACAGGCCUCCACUAUCCCACAAGCCCUGUCACAACCCCAAUGGCCUCACCACUUCCGUACCAACCCCAUCAUUGUCUCAAUAGCUCCCACCACUGCCCCACUAGCCUCACCACUCCCAUACCAGCCCUGUCACUACCCCAUCAAUCCUGUUACGACCCUUACAUCUCCUUCACUGUUCCCAUCAGCCUUAUCACUCCCCGCCGUCAUGUUAUGACCCCAACAUCCAUUUCACCAUCCCACCAGUCCCGCAAGGGGCGGAGCUAGGGCACUGGGUCGUACUGGGCCGGUACAAAGAAUAUUUUUGAAAUUUUUUUACAUAAAAUUUUUUACACUAAAAAUACAAGCAUUUUUAAAAUUUGGGUUGGGUCAGGGCCAGGGAUGGCCCUCCCCUAGCUCCGCCCAUGGGUCCCGCCACUGCUCCACCAACCUCGUCUUCAGCAAUGUCAUCAUCACCAUCGUGGGAAACCUAGGCAGAUGAGGUAAGGUGGAUGUGAGAGAAAGAAGGUGCAAAUGGGUUAUUGGUGAAGGAUGACAUAUAUAAUUAAACUUUUUAAUAUGUAUAUAAGGGUAUUUCAAUCCUUUCAAUUCUACUGUAGUCUUAAAGAAAAAACUGUAAUCUUUUUUGUUCAAAUUAAGUCCUCAUCUUUUUUUUUCCUAUCGAAUAAAUGUACUCCUUCCGAUCCGUUAAGAUUGUUUCAUCUUUCUCUUUUUGUCAAUUCCAUUAAGAUUGUCUGAUUCCAAAUUUAAUAAUGCUUGUGUGGUUCUAAUCAUUUUUACUUUAUCCCCACUUAUCUAUUUCAAUACACAUCACAUAAAUUCACUUUUCUUGUAUGUACAUUAUUAAAUUUAGCUUUAACUAAGGACCCAAGAAAAGGGAUAACCGGAACAACAAUAUCACAUUUAUGAGAGCAUCUUCAUUCAUGAUACUCAAUUUUACGAUUUUUUAUGGCUUGUUAUUGAUAUGUCAC